AUGGGAACCAAAAAAGAUUUUGAAUGGGUUUACACGGAUGAACCUCAUGCCACCCGUCGAGAUGUGACCUCUUUCUGGCAAUUGUUUCUAAUGGCCUAUUGUUUCGGUGGAGUCCUCAACAAAUCACUGCUGACGGCCAUCCACGAGAUCAUACAUAACCACGCGUUUGGACCCUCGAGACCAAUGGCCACCAAAGUGUUGGCAGUGGUAAUCACUUUGCCGACGGGUCUCCCCAUAUUUGGCUCAUUUAAGAAGUACCAUUUACUUCACCACCGAUAUCAAGGCGAUGACAUACUCGACACCGAUAUUCCCUCCUAUUUAGAAAUCAAGUUCUUCAGCACACCUGUGACUAAGCUUUUUUGGAUGAUUUUCCAGCCGGCCUUUUAUGCCCUCCGCCCCUUCCUAUCGCAACCAAAUUAUGUCUUAAAUCCAAAUUCUCUGGAGUACUUCAAUCUAUUCAUACAAUUAAUGUUCAACUAUAUGGUGGGCGUGUGGUGUGGAUGGCAUGUCAUGAUCUAUAUGAUAGGAUCGACACUAUUAUGUAUGGGUUUGCAUCCCAUGAGCGGACAUAUAAUCUCCGAGCACUCCGUUAUGUUUGACGAGAGAAUCGAUUUGUUUGAAAAUAUUAAUAAAAUCGAGUUUCAAAGGGAUGAAUAUCUCAAACUCAUACCCGAAACCUACUCCUAUUACGGACCACUCAAUUUAAUCAUGUAUAACCUGGGUUAUCACGUCGAGCACCAUGACUUUCCGUCAAUUCCCGGCUCACUUUUGCCUAAAGUUCGCGAAAUAGCGCCGGAAUAUUACAAUUCACUUCCUUAUCAUAGCUCCUGGACUUAUGUGGUCUGGCAGUUUUUAACUGACCCUAAAAUUGGUCCAUUUUCUCGAGUCAAAAGACCGCAUCGUUUUGGAAAACAGGACCAAAAUACUUGUGAUUUUAUAAAUGAAGUCAACUCUGAAAUGAAAUAA